AUGAUGAAAAAACAUGUGUUCAACAUAAAACAUAAAUAUGCGCAGUAUCUGUCGUGUAUUACGAACUUAAAGUCAAACGAAGUAGCUAUACACAUAGACUUAAGUGAAAAUCACUUGUGCAAACUAUCAACCGAAGUACAAUCAAUGCACUUAGGUGCGUCGAAACCGCAGGUGACACUGCAUACUGGCGUUCUGUACGUAAACGGAAAGAAAUCACAGUCAUUUGGUUCCGUAUCUGCAUGCAAUGACCACACUCCUGAGGCGAUUUGGGGUCAUUUAAAACCCAUAUUAAACUACGUUAACAUACAAUAUCCGCUGGUUAAUGCGGUGCAUUUCUUUUCCGACGGGCCAGUGACACAGUAA